UGUCUUGAAUCGCCUCCACCCUCCUUGCCCUCCUCGCCCUUCCCGAGGCAGGACCUCGUUCCUAACAUUUAGCUCUAGGUCAUUGGAUCCUACUGGGUGGCGGCACACAGCACAGCCUAGGUAGAGAUGGGUCACAUGAGUCAAAAGACUAGCUAUGAAACCAACAAACCACAGGCACUUUAAAUAGCUCUUAUCACAGAAGAAUUGGCAGACUGGCAGACCCCCAAGACACCAGAGCCACUCACCCUGACUUAGAUGCAAUGUGUUCUAGCUUGGAGGGAAAUGUUGACUUUCACAGGCAUGCCCUGAUUGCAUUUGUCUUUGGCUCCGCCCUUUCCCCUACCUCAUCCCAAACCGGGAGGUCAAGGGUUAAACUCUAGGAAGCCCCUUCAACACCUGAAAGGGACUGGGGCAGGCAGCUUCCUGUUCCAUUUUCCCCCAGUCCUUCACCCGGCUGGCCCAAGCUGGCUGUUGUUCUGGCGCCCUCGGAGAACCCCCAAACAUCACUGCCUCUGCAGUGGGGACCUCAAGUGUCUCACAGGUGUGGCAGCUGAAGAAAGGGACCAGAGAGAGGGCUCUGCCAGAGCCAGCGUCCCCCCAAAAGCAGGAUGCUCUCAGAGCCUGUCCCAGCUACCCCAGAGCAAGAAGAAUUCCGAGCUAUCAAGCUGGAGGAUGAGGAGGCUGCUGACCAGGAGAGUCACGGGCGGCCAGAGGCUAGGCCUCGGCCGGAGGUAGCCCACCAGCUCUUCAGAUGCUUCCAGUAUCAGGAAGACAUGGGGCCCCGGGCAUCCCUGAGCCGCUUGAGGGAGCUUUGCUGCCACUGGCUGCAGCCAUCCCUGCACACAAAGAAGCAGAUCCUGGAGCUGUUGGUGCUGGAGCAAUUUCUCAGUGUGCUGCCCCCGCACCUGCUGGGCCGCCUGCAAGGCCAGUGCCUCAGGGAUGGCGAAGAGGUGGUUCUGCUGCUGGAGGGCGUGUCCCGGGACACUGGCCCCGCUGGGCCACUGGACUUUAGUUUCAGCUCCACCAAGAAUUGUCCCCCACAGGAACAGGGAGGCCCUAACCAGUUCACCAGCCACAGCCCCAAAAAAGAAGUGCCCCCUGAAGAGCCCUCUGUGCUUCACCCAUUGAGUGAAUUGCCACCAUCUCAGCCAAGCCCUGCCAAGCCUGCUGAGCCUGGGGAGUGGAGAGUUGCUCCAAGUUCAAAGCCACCACUCAGCCCCGUGCCACAGAGGACACUCUUUGCCCUUCAUGAGAACACACCCCAGGCCCAGGACCAUUUGUGGCCAGAGGAGAACUCUCGAGAUAAGGAGCUAGCAGCUGUGCUGGAAACCUUGUCUUUUGAGGAUGCCCCAGAGAAGAAGAGUCUGGCUUGGGACCAUGAUCCCUUAGAUUUUUUAAGCAGAAUUCCAGACAGCGAGGAAUGUAAACGAGCAGAGCCCAAAGUGGCUGCCUGGCCCGCCAUCUUCCCAGCAGAGCCCCCCGCAGACAGCCCUGUGGUGUGCAGCGAGCCGCCUCCCCCAGUGCCCGAGCAGGAGGCAGGCAGCACCGGUGGAGAUGGAGCCCCCGCCGGCAGCGGUGCGGUUUUGGAGGGUGCGAUGGCUGGGGGCGCCCCCGAGGCCGCCCAGCCGCCCAAGCAGUUCAUCUGCACCGAGUGCGGGGCGAGCUUCCCCAAGCUCUCCCGCCUGGAGUCGCACCAGCUGAAAUCGCACCCGGGCCACCGCUUGUUCACGUGCCCGCACUGCGCCAAGACCUUCGGCCGCAGCUCCAUCCUCAAGCUGCACCUGCGCACGCACACGGGCGAGCGCCCGCACGCGUGCCACCUGUGCGGCCACCGCUUCCGCCAGAGCUCGCACCUGACCAAGCACAUGCUCACGCACUCGUCCGAGCCCACCUUCCGCUGCGCCGAGUGCAACCAGGGCUUCCAGCGCCGCUCCAGCCUGGUGCAGCACCUCCUGGCGCACACCCAGGACCCGGCCAACACCCAGGACGCCAAGCCCGAGCCCAAGCCCGAGCCCGAGCCCGAGACUAAGCCCGCCGCGCGCCCGCCCGUCUUCCUGUGCUCGCGCUGCGGGCAAACCUUCCAGCGCCGCUCCAGCCUCAAGCGGCACCUCCGGAUCCACGAUGCGGACGGGGCGGGGGACCCGCCGGCGGGGGGCGGCGGGGGCCGGGAGAGCCGGCCGUACAAGUGCGCCGACUGCGGCAAGGCCUUCCGGCGCGGCGAGCACCUGGUCACGCACUGGCGCGUGCACACCGGCGAGCGCCCGUUCUCCUGCCGGGCCUGCGGCCGCAGCUUCACGCAGAGCUCCCAGCUGGCCAGCCACCAGCAGGUGCACUCGGGCGAGCGGCCCCACGUGUGUCCCCAGUGCGGGAAGCGCUUCCUGCGCCGCGCCGGCCUGGCCCGCCACCUGCUCACCCACGGCGGGCCCCGGCCGUACCGCUGUGGCCAGUGCGACAAAAGCUUCACCCAGACCCAGGAUCUGACCCGCCACCUGCGCAGCCACACCGGGGAGAAGCCGUGCCGGUGCAGCCAGUGCGGGGAGGGCUUCAGCCAGAACGCGCACCUCACCCGCCACCAGCGCAUCCACACCGGGGAGAAGCCCCACGCCUGUGACACCUGCGGCCACCGCUUCCGCAACAGCUCCAACCUGGCCCGCCACCGCCGCAGCCACACCGGCGAGCGCCCCUACGCCUGCCCCACCUGCGGCCGCAGCUUCCGGCGCAACGCGCACCUGCAGCGCCACCUGGUCACGCACACGGGCUCCGGGCCCGAGAUCGAGGCCCCCCAGGAGUGCCCCGAGUGCGGCAAGAGCUUCAACCGCAGCUGCAACCUGCUCCGCCACCUGCUGGUGCAUUCGGGCACCAGGCCCUACUCCUGCGCGCAGUGCGGCCGCAGCUUCAGCCGCAACUCGCACCUGCUGCGCCACCUGCGAACCCACGCCCGGGAGACGCUCUACUAG